CGCAGGUGAGCCACAGGCCCGGGCCCCGGGCGGGGAGCAGAGCUCAACCGAACUCGGCAGUGACCCAAGGAGUGAGCUGACUUGUAGGGAGACAACCCAGCAGCCUGACCUCCCACGUGUUCCGGCGCAGAGUGAGAAAUGGACGGCUUGGAGUCGGACUUCAACCUGAGGGUCGUCUUGGUCAGUUUCAAGCAGUGUCUCAACGAGAAGGAGGAGGUGCUACUGGAUCACUACCUCGCCGGAUGGAGGGGUCUAGUCAGGUUCCUGAACAGCCUGGGUGCCGUCUUCUCCUUCGUCUCCAAGGACGUCACUGCGAAGCUGCAGGUCAUGGAGCGCCUGCGCGGCGGCCCCCAGCGGGAGCACUACAGCAGCCUGCAGGCCAUGGUGGCCUAUGAGGUGGGCCACCAGCUGGUGGACCUGACGCGGCGCUCCCGCCACCCGGACUCGGGCUGCCGGACGGUGCUCCGGCUGCACCGUGCCCUGCGCUGGCUACAGCUCUUCCUGGAAGGCCUGCGCACCAGCCCCGAGGACGCCCGCACGGCUGUGCUCUGCACCGACUCCUACAACGCCUCGCUGGCGGCCUACCACCCCUGGAUUAUCCGCCGGGCUGUGACUGUGGCCUUCUGUACGUUGCCCACACGCAAGGUCUUUCUGGAGGCCAUGAACGUGGGGUCCCCACAGCAGGCUGUGGAGAUGCUGGGCGAGGCCCUGCCCUUCAUUGAGCGAGUCUACAGUGUCUCCCAGGAGCUUUAUGCCAAGCAUUCCCUGCUGGAUCUGCCCUGAGGGCCAGCGGGCCGGGGCCGGGGCGCGGGAGGGGGCAGCCAGCACCUGUCAGUCCUCCCACGGAGAUCUGUGGGUGCCCCAGGAAUGGGAAGAACACUGUCCUCCACUCGCUGAGCUUGAUUGGAGCCCCGGGCCCAGCGUGGCCCACCCAGGCCAUGCUUCAAGCCUGCGGUGCACAGGCCACGGCAGAGGACACGGCCCCCGCAGUCUACGCCUCCCCUGUCACCUUGCUCUGCCGGGAGCAUCUUUGCUUUACCCUCAGCUGAGAUAUACAUGUGUCCAGUCGGGCCUCACCCAGAUGGCGAGGUGCAGAAGGCAGGGCAGGUAAGGGGCAGGAUCAGCAUUCAUGGGAAACCCAGAGAAGCUGCCCCUGCCCGCGAGCCAAGUCGUGAAAUGAGGCAAAGUUCCAAGGCCCUGUGGCACAGAGACCUCACCCUGCUUGCCGGCAAACACAUUCAGCAGGUGCCUGUCCCCAGGACAGGGAUAGAACCCUUGGGCAGCCGUUGGCAACGCAGGCUCUCUCCCCAUCGCUCAUCUCCUAUUAGCCAGGGACCCACAUAUCCUUGGCAGCAAGAGCCAGGAGCUGAAGCCCUGAGUGGAGGCCUGCCCCGCCUCUCUGCACUCUAAUCAGCGGUCACGCCGUCCGUCAGGUGCUCCCCCAGGCAGCUGCCUGUGAGUCUGCAUAGCACAGCCCACAGCUCUGCUGGUCCAGGGCUAGCCUCUCCCUCCCCGUCAUCCGGCAAGAGGCUGUGUUCCCUCCUCCCUGCCCCACAGAGCUCAGGAGAGCCAGAAAGAGAUGGCUCAUGGAGGGAGCCUGGACUAGAAGCCUAGCCGACAGGCCAGCCGUCACCCAGCACUUGGGGGCCUGACCUCUUCUACUGGCUCUUCACUGUGAGCUCAGGCCCUCGAAGCCGAGGGGACCAUACCCACCACGCAGCAGACGUGCACACGUGUCAGCCGGCAGAGACCCUGGGAGAGUAAUCAAUCAGGUGAUGGUUUUUCCAACAUCAAUAAAUGCCACAGAGCAGGCAGUGUCCUCUA